AUGAAGUUUUCGCACUCUCUGAAGUACAACGCGGUGCCAGAAUGGCAGGAGCACUAUCUGAACUACUCGCAGCUAAAGCGACUGAUCUACUCGCUGCAGGCCCAGGACCUGCGUGUAAUGGAUGAGGGCGGACACGUGGAUACUGAUCGUCUUAAAGCGCUAGAAGGGAGCACAAGAGCUCUGCAAAAAUUCAAGGACAAGUUUCGCAGAAACGAGCGUGCAGCCAGCGGUCAUGGAGCCAACGGACGCAGUAGCAGCGCCAACAAUGGCAAAGGAAAGUCCGGAGAAGCGGUAGACGACGCUGCAGGCGACGUGAACGUGGAAACUCUGGAGCUGGAAGAUUUCAAGUCCCCAACGCGCAAAAAUGCAGCCAAGACCGCCGACUUUGACCGCAGAUCGUCACUUUCCAGCGACAGAACUCUGUUCAGUCCACAGGACACGUUUCUCAGCAAACUCGUGGAAGAACGGCUCAAGAUCGACGAUUUUUACAAGAAGCUCGAGGCUCAGCUCUAUGGCCGUUUCGACACCUUGCUUCUAGAUCUGCAGAAGGUGGCUGCUGCCACAGGUAGACGCGCCAGCGUCGUCGCAGCGUCUGCCAGACGUGCGUCCCAGCCAGACUUGGACUCGAUUGAACUCUUUGAAAGCUUCGCAGGCGCCCCCAACCAUCCCCACAGACGCGAAUCGGUGCUUUCAAGACGUAGCACCGCGAAUAUCGAGCUGCGUCCCGAUGGCUACGAAGAAGAAGAAGAAGAGGAGGAGGAGGAGGAGGAGGAGGAAGAAGAAGAAGAAGAGGACCUUGACGAACAACAUGAAAAUACUGCUUUGCUCAACUACUCGGAUUUUAACGUCAAAACUCAAAAAAGAGCCAUUCUUCGUAAGAAGUUGAUAGACCUAUACGUGGAUCUCGUCCAGCUCAAAUCCUUCAUCGAGCUUAACCGCAUUGGCUUUUUAAAAAUUUCCAAAAAAUUCGACAAGACUUUGAAUUGUAACAUAAAGCGUGAAAUAAUAGAGUCCGGUGAUUUCUUCGCUAGCACAUAUGUGUUUCAGCCUCAGACUUUAGGGACUUUGGACUCCAAAAUCUCCCAGGUUAUCGAAUCCUACGCCGCUAUGACCCAUGGUGACUUAGCCGCAAGCAAAGAGGAGCUAAGAUCCUAUUUGCGUGACUUCAUCGUGUGGGAAAGAAACACUGUUUGGAAGGAUAUGUUGGGUUUGGAGUCCCAAAACAAUACUUUCACGUCUGCGGGUCGGCCAGACGCCAACGGCGAUAUCACCAACCUUGAAAAUAACACUCAAUUGGAAUACCGGCAGUGGAACCUUCCAAGGCCUAUCAGAAUUGGCUCGUGGACCUGGAGCACCCUCAAAAUUCCAGAACUUUUUUUCACCCUCAAGGCUUUGAAGUUGUACAUCAUCAUCGCUUGUACCAUCAUUCUUCUUCUAGUUCCAACUUUUAACGACCCUGCCCAACACCGGUGUAUGGCCCUCGUGGCUUGUGUUGCCUUUUUAUGGGCUUCUGAAGCAUUGCCUUUGUUUGUUACAGCCAUCUUGGUGCCCAUGUUCGUGGUAGUUUUCAAAGUUCUCAAACAAUCAGACGGUACGGUAAUGCCAGCCGCCACAGCCUCUAAAUGGAUUUUGUCCAAAAUGUGGUCUUCAACUAUCAUGAUUUUACUGGCCGGUUUUACGCUUGCCGCUGCUCUUUCCAAAUAUAACGUGGCCAAAGUUUUGGCCUCCUAUCUACUGACUAUCGCAGGUACCAAGCCCCGGAACGUCUUGCUUAUGACCAUGGGUGUUUGCUUCUUUUUGUCCAUGUGGAUUUCGAAUGUAGCGGCUCCAGUUUUGACAUAUUCGCUCAUUCAACCAGUUCUCAAAACCCUAGAUUACACUUCUCCUUUUGCCAGAUCCCUUAUCUUGGGUGUGGCCCUUGCAGCUAAUGUGGGUGGUAUGGCUUCGCCUAUUGCUUCACCUCAAAACAUUAUCGCCAUGAACUACUUGAAGCCAUAUGGAGUUGGUUGGGGUCAGUUUUUUGCCAUCGCUUUGCCAUCCAGUAUAUUGUCCAUGUUAACCAUUUGGGGACUCUUAUGUCUCACUUUUAAGAUCAAUGAGGCUCAAGUUAAGAAGUACAGCCCAAUCAAGGAGAAUUUCACAUUGAAGCAAUACUAUGUCAUAGUGGUUUCUUUGGCCACCAUUAUCCUAUGGUGUGUUGAAUCUAAAAUUGAGGAUGUUUUCGGUGCAUCGGGAGAAAUUGCAGUGAUACCAAUUGUUCUCUUUUUCGGUACUGGUUUACUGAGCACACAAGACAUCAACAACUUUCCUUGGUCUAUUGUCAUUUUAGCCAUGGGUGGUAUAGCAUUGGGUGGGGCUGUUCAGUCCUCGGGUCUGCUUGCAACUAUUGCAGGUGCAUUGCAACGUCGUGUCAUGGACUUCCCCAUUUACGCGAUCCUCAUCAUUUUCGGUAUUGUGAUGCUAGUCGUGGGAACAUUUGUGUCUCACACUGUAUCUGCCAUCAUUAUCAUACCUCUCAUGCAGGAAGUCGGAGAUAAACUUCCAGGCAGUAAAUCUGCUCCGAUCUUGGUUUUUGGAUGUACUUUGUUGGCCUCCUGUGGUAUGGGACUUGCAUCGUCCGGAUUCCCUAACGUGACCGCCAUAUCAAUGCUCGAUGAGGUGGGCAAUCGAUACUUGAAUGUCAACACAUUUUUGACACGAGGUAUCCCCGCUUCAUUCCUUGCAUUCCUGUGUGUUAUCACUCUAGGAUAUGGGAUUAUGAACUCUGUUCUGUAG